AAUAUUGAUUUCAUGGGUUCCCUACUUAAACUGUACUUUGCAUUCAUAUCCAUAGUUUUUGUAGCUCAAUCUGGAGAAACUAUAAGAGAUUUAAAAUCUUUUAAGUUAAAUGAAAACAUCAUAUACGAUUGUGUGGAUAUAUAUAAACAACCUUCGUUAAAUCACCCAUUACUCCAAAACCAUAAAAUUCAGUUUUGUCUAUUUUUUUGA